UAAUAAUAAUAAUAAUAAUAAUAAUAAUAAUAAUAAUAAUAAUAAUAAUACGACCCUGGGGUAGAAAGUGUGUGGGUAAUAGUAUAAAAUAAUUAAAUAUUAGAAUAUGAAGAAGGGGAUGUAUGCAAAUGAAGAAGUUAAAAAAUUAAUUUGAGGAAGAUUAAGACAAUUGCUAGCUACUUGAAGUACUCCAGAAACUCACAUGUUUUUCACGAUAUAAAAGCAACAGUGGCUGCUAUUCUUCAGGACAAAGACCUCUGUGAAUCAGGUGUUAUUGAAGCUGUAACAGUUAUCAUCAUGUCUUCCAUAGAACCGAUUCUCAACUCUGCCAAGAAUACAACAGUCAUGUAUUUCAACAACCAAUACAGAAAUGAGACACAAGUUUCUAAACGGGCCAUAGGCGUCAUUAAAUAUCCUGAUCUAUUAGUGGAAUAUGCUUGCAAGGCCAAGGAGAAUGUAUACGAUGCAGUUCUCAAUAAGAACGGAAUCAUAGAUCUUGGACUGGCUGAAAAUACACUGUGUGAGGAUCUGAUUCUGAAGAAGUUAAACGAUAUCCACUCGAAAAUUAAGAUUCAACAUGAAGACCUUUAUUACUUCAAAAACCACGGCAGUGACAAGUUUCGAGAGGCAGUUUCGAAAUUUAUGACGACAUUUUUACAUCCUAUAAACCCCAUUGAUAAAAACAACUUAAUUACAGUCAGUGGUGUUACCAGUCUGCUUAACAUCGUCGCGUUUGGAUUGGCUGAAGAAAAUGAUUAUUUCCUUUGUUUGUCACCGUAUUAUUCCAGAAUAAGAAACGAUUUUCUUGACUUUGCACGCAUCCAGACGUACGAUGUGUCAAUCAAAGAAACGGGUCCCAAUGGUGAAAUUGAAUACAUUGUCACUUAUAAAAAGCUUGAAGCUGCCUAUUUGAAAGCCAAAGAAAAGGGUUACUCAAUCAAAGGUAUAUUAGUUAUCAACCCGAAUAAUCCAACUGGACGUUUGCUGCCGAAGAACGAAAUCGAAAUUAUUUUUCAAUUCGCUAAAAGUUUUGACCUCCACGCCAUAUUUGAUGAGAUCUACGGGUUAUCGAUAUUUGGCACUGAUGCAGAACCAAUGAGUGUUUUGUCCAUGAAUAUUCCACAACCGACCAAAACACAUGUCCUGUGGGGAUUCAGUAAGGACUUGGCUUUGUCAGGUUUCCGAUGUGGAGUACUGUACAGCCAAAACGACAAACUGCUCAGUUUCAUGCGUAAAGUGUCUUUCUAUUCUGGAAUAUCCAUGGUAGUUCAAAACUUGCUCACUCGUUUCAUUGAAGACAUUGACUGGUUUAAGAAUAUUUAUUUCCCAACAUUAAGAGAACGAAUGAGCGAAACUUAUGAAAUGGCUGUGAGUCAACUAGAAUCUAAGGGAGUAACAGUGUACCGUUCCAGUGGAGGGUUCUUCAUUUGGGCAAACUUCUGUAAGUUUAUGAAAGAAAAUACUUUCGAAUGUGAAAUGGAACUUUUUAAAACUUUCUUCGAACACAAAGUUUUCCCUUGGAACGCAUUGAAGAAGUCCUGGAAUUAUACGGCUAAAUUAAUUAAUCGGUUAUUUCCGAUAUUGCUGAAGAAGAAAAUGAGAAUAACCUAUGAACUCUGA